GAAAAUUGGAGGACCUGGUACGGGCAUGAUAGUAAUUGCCCCGUGACGAGCUCAUGCUGGAGGCGGAUGCCGGCCACACGCCCACGCGUGUCAUUCAAACCCGCCCCACUUUCCUUCACACAAUUGAACGAUUCAGUUGUUUCUUCUUCUUUGGUAUAACUUUGCAGAAUUUCAAGAGAAGUCAUUUGUUGUGAAGGGGAACUCAUUUCCUCAAUCAGUUAAUUUCUACAGAAUGGGUUCUGAAACUGCUCAUCCCGUCCACGAUGGUGUCGAGAUACGUACGAGCAAAAAGAGUACUGGAAAAGUUCCGAGGAAAAUUCAUAAAGCUGCAAGGGAGAAGCUGAAGCGCGACCAGAUGAAUGAAUUGUUUCUGGAUCUGGGGAGAACACUUGAUCUGGAUCAUUCGAACAAUGGCAAGGCUUCAAUACUGAGAGAGACGAUUCGACUCCUCAGAGAAUUGCUAACUGAGGUGGACAAUCUGAGAAAGGAGAAUGCAACUCUUUUCUCCGAAUCUAAUUAUGUUACAAUUGAGAAGAAUGAGCUUUUGGAGGAGACUUCUGCUCUAGAUGACCAAAUCAAGGGUCUCCAGAGGGAAAUAGAUAAGAAGGCUAAUUGUUCCGACUUAAAUGUUUCUGAACCCCAGAACAGUGCUUCAGCACAAUUACUGGAAGAUCCUGUAGCAUUUCCUCUAGUUGGCCAUGCAUCGGAAUCGACUUCCGUUGUGACUCCUGUAUUCGUCAUGCCAUUGCAUCACGAGUCCCAAGGUUUCCCCAGCCCGUUCUCUGAGGUGAAUAUGUCUACGGUUCCAUCAAGCGUGAGCAGGCCACAGCCCCGUUACCCUUCAUCUUCUGAUUCUUGGCCAUCCCAUAUUCUUACCAAAUAGACGGAAUAUGAUUGAGAUUAGUUGUACAGGCAGACGGCAGCCCUAGCAUUUCAAAUCACCAUAGGAGACGUCAAGUUUUUAAGAGUCUGAUAUGUUUGAUUGUAGAACUUGAGUUUUCACACUUUGUAAAUGAUGAUUCAGAUAAGGACUCGAUCUUCUUGUCUCUAUGCCAGUAUUAAUUUGUGUAAAUGGAUUCGGCUUGAUUCAUGAGCUUCAGAAUCGUUCUAUACUGUAGAUGAUGAUCAAUAUGGGGACAUAGUCUUGACAGUCAAGUUGUUCCAGUUCCCUAUCAUCAAUGCAUUUCUUUUUAUAUCAUAAAUUUAAAAGUA